AUGUUGAGAUUCAUCAUUCAAGUCCAGCCGAUUCUGAGCCUUGAGGUGGUCAGGGGCGUAGCACGUACCAUGCGAUCCGAGUGCCCGCCCACCGCGACCCGGCUACUAUACUUGAAGCGCCAACAAAAUUCCUUCUGUCUGAUGCUCAUCAAAAAGUUUGCAACUUCACGAGGAUCUCAUCAAAGAGAGACGAUGAUUAACUCCUCGGAUAGCCCGUAUAGGCCAUCGAACUCACAACAAGACGGUUGGCUCCCAGUCGAAAUCGUGUCCCAAAUCGUGGAAAUCUUCUUCGAUCAACUAUCUGCAGGCAAAGUGUCGUGCCAGGAUUGGGUCGAAAGCAUUGCCUAUGACCUAUUGCUUUCCUCAUCGAGCACUGCUGAACUCCUCAGCUUGCGAUUGGUCUGCAAAACUUGGGACAUGGCUGUUACUCCCAUCUGCUUCCGUGCGGUUUGGUUCCACGACUCAAAAGGAGUGCAGUCCAUCAUAGACCUAAUGACAAUCCCGGAACCGCUGGAUAUUUCCUCUUUCGUGAUAAAAAUGAUCAACUUGAUUGGUCGGAACGUAACAGAGUUACAUUUGAAAGUCUCUGAUUUGAUCAUGAUUACACCAGCGCUUGUGGAGGCUGUGAGAAAUAUCAAGGAUCUCAAAACACUUAGUAUUCAGGGACGACGACACUAUGAACCACACGGAGGUUAUGAUCCCCAAGCGCUUUCUGAUCUUCUUGCCGCGCCUUGCAACCUCGAAUGCUUGAUAUUUCAAGGCUAUAAUUUGAAACAUUCAAAGUUGGCACCCACAGCCCUGUCGAAACUAAAACAUAUCCGCUUCAUCGAUUGCUUUGACAGUACAAACAUUGAAUCAAUUAUCGACAUUAUCGAUCGGACAAAAGACAGUGUGAUUUCUAUGGAGAUGUUAGCUGAUGAGACUGAUCAUGACUCAUAUGAAUUCCCUAAUAAUAUUGAGCCCGUAUUUAAUGGUAUCCUGAACACACUCGAAGUGAUUUCCUGUGGUACAAUCAUGUCAGACUUAUCGGAAAGGACCGUUGAGACUGAGUUUCCACGACUUCGAGUGAUAUGUAAUAUAUACGCAUCUUCUUACCAUGAAGACUCAUUUGUGGCGCUUUGGGAUAUCUUUUAUAACGUUCGAACCAUCGUUCAACUUUCAGACGAUGGCCAGAAUUUUUGGAGGUCGAGUUUGAAUCGUAUCUCGGACGAUCCUUGGAAGCCACCUAAACUUCGACUCCUUGUCUUUACUAGCUUCCACGGAGAAGACGAGGAAUUAGAUUCAGAACUAGUUGAUACCUUAAAAUCACAUGGGGUGUACUGUUGUUACAUUCCCCGAAUAAGACCUGAUGAGAUGUUGGUCAGUUAA